AGCGGUCGCUAAAAUAAUAUCCACACCACCGUCGAAGAGACACCCUAACGUUCCGAAACACGUGAAGUUACCCGUGCGAUUUGAGCGGCGUAAACUCGACUUGGCGCAAGUGUUGUGUGUAUCCUUCCUGCAAGAGGACCGACCCUCUGGGGGUAAGAGGGUGACAGUCAAGCCGUCGACACGCGGGGACCCGCGAAACUGCCUACUGCCCUGCGCUCAGUUCGCGCUCGUCCGUCGUUGGUAUUGAUCGUCUGGACAAAGGAACUGACCACCGGUCUCCGAGAUCUCGCAAGAAACUACUCGACACCAGUCCGCCGACCUGUACGCUACGGCCCAACGACCGAUCCUCGUGAAGAGUGUGUUUGUGUUUGUUUGUGACGAGCCCGCGAAAAACGCGCGCCUGCGUUCGCCACGUUCAAGCUCGAUUUCAAUCGUCGAAACGAAACUUUCGUUUUGUUUCCAUAAACUUUUAGCCCGACUCGGGUCGUUCUUUUUUAUUUCAUUCUGCGCACGUCGCACUCGUUCGCCAUUGGCCGAUUGUCACAUUGCUACAAUCGACACGUGGUGGUGGUGAUUCCGACAACUGGAGGAUAUUUAUGUACAGUGCGUUGACCGAGAAGAACAAUCAUUAACGCGAUGGCUUCAAGAGCGAACAAGAGACCGUCUCGCGCCAAGCAGCCGUGGGAGAAGAUGACCGCGAUACAGCGCGUGAUAAACGGCGAGAGCAAAGCUGCGGUCGCGAGGGCCCUGGACGUGCCCGAAUCGACUUUACGCGGUUGGUGCAAAAAUCAGGAAAAGAUAAUCGCUUCGGCCGAAGCCGCUAAAGCUGGAGCCGGCAGUCCGGUCUCUGUUACCUCCACGGAAGUAUCAGAGGGACGCGAGAAAAGGAUCAAACUGGACGACAGUGUACCUCAAAAUUUGAGCGUGAGGGCUCCUCCGGUAGCCCCGGAAGCUGCAUCCGACAUCCCCAGUGCCAUAGACUUAUCCAGGACCUCGCCGCAGGCCACCAGCAGUCGUACCGAUAACGGGAUGAUGAUGAACGCCCAGGACAUAUCGCAAUAUUAUCAAGCCGCCCGUUUCAGUCAGAUGUUCCAGCAGGCUAUCCAGGCUCAAGGUAUGAGUUUUUUGACCGGGAAUAACGGAGGUUCUCUUCUGACCACGGCGCCGAGGCAGCCGGCCAACGGAGUUCCCAAUUUACCCAAUGAUCGACUCCCGCCAGAAGAAUCGGUGAGACAGUGGUUGAACGCUUCCAACCCAUCGCAAGUGUCCCCGAAUAGUUCCAGUGCCACCCUAUCAACUCCUCUAAAUGGACAACAAACAACCUCUCCAAUGGCAGGAAUUACUCCGGAACAAAACAAUCUGUAUCUGGAAUGGUACAAGGCCGUGAUUUCCAGAGUUGGCAUGGCAGCAGCAGCCCCUUUCAACAUGCCAAUGUCAGCAGCAAAUAUACCGAUCUUGUAUAAUCAGUUGAUGCAAAACAAUAACAAUGAACGGACAUCUGUUUCGUAUCCCACCACUCCACGUCAAUCGGCAAGCACAAGUACAGCAGCAGUUUCUACUCAACCUCGCGAAGAACCGGCUGUACCUUCGACUAGCUCCAACGAUCAGAUUCAGACACCUGGUUGCUCGCAAUCGACCCAACAAAUUUCCUCGACAGUCCGUCAGUGUCCAAGUAAAUCAGCUUCCCCGAUGAUCUCUCCGGUCAGCAGCCGUCAGUCGGCCUCGCCUAGUACCUCCGGAAAUUCCACAGUUCCAAGUAGAAGAAACGACUUGGUCUCUCCAGUAACAUCCAGCACUUCGUCGACCCUCGAUUUGUCGCAAGAUGCAGAAUCCUCGAAAACGAGAUCUAGACCAGUAGCAUCACGCAGGAAGACCAAGAACAGCGUCUCACUGGAAACGCUCGUGUCUAACUUGAAAGAAGACGUAGAUGAUAGCAACCAGAGUGACAGCAACAUGGACAUAAAAGAUUGCAUUGAAGUAGCUAAAACUCUGUUAGCUGGUCUCAAACGCAAUUCUGCACAUCCCGGCAUAACCGCAUCCCAAUUGAAACAGAUCCAAACAUUGAUAACGACAAUUUCGACAGCGGAAGAAUCUUUCGCUAAAAGGAGGUCCGAAUAGGCGACAUAGUAAAUCUAUUGUAAAUAUGUAAGUAUUUGAAAACUGAAGGCUGUUUUUACCAAAUUUACAUGUUAAUUCAUAAAUUGAUAGUUUAUGUACAAAUUCUAAGAUGCUGUAUGUUUCCAAUUGCAAUAACGAUGAUUUACUAUUUUACGACUAUGUUAUCGAUGUAAUGUUCGUAACUUUUCUAUGUUACCCCACGAUUAUGACUUGACAUUGUUAUAUCCUAAUUUUAUUUAUCGAAAAUGUGAUACUAUAACUAUUAGUUUGAGAUUUUGAAUUGAUCAUGUCUCUAGUCAUUAACCACUUUUAUUUGACAUAAACAAUAUUUGUUACAAGUAGUGCCAAAUAUUAUUUUUGUGCUCAAUUUUCCGUACCUUAGAAUGUUUAACGAGAUCUCAUCUCAGAAGUCAACUCUUUCCAGUGUUUAUUUAUUGCUGAAUUAUUUCAUUAUUGUCCUUCAUUUAUAUGAUUGAGUACCUUUUAUGAAAUUCAACAAUUUUAUACAGGGUGUUGUAAAAUAUUUUUAUACCAAGUAAAAUAAAUUUCUUUGAAUUUA